GAUUAAACGAACCUAACCAACUUAACCUGACUCAAAAACACGACACGAUUCUGUUGUAGGCUGGGAACGUGUUUGUUGUGCAAACAAAAAACAUCAAGGACCAUAAUGAGCGCGUACGGUAUGAAGCUAAUGAAAAAAACAAAUCCUUACCCAGCCCAGGCUGUGCGUUGUCAAAAAUGUUUGGAAAUGGGCCACUGGAGUUACGAGUGCAAAGGCAAGAGGAAAUACGUUCACAGAUCUUCCCGAACGACGCAAUUAAAAAAGGCAAUAAAACAGCAAGAGGUUGAAAAAUUGGAGCCAGAGAUGAGUAGUGAAAUUGUGAAACAGAAAAAAAAAGUUAGAAAGGACUCAAGUAGCACGAGUGAUUCAGACAGCUCAAGCACAGACAGUAGCAGUUCAGACGGCUCUUCCUCUGAUGAUUCCGAUUCCAGUGAUAGCUCCUCUAGCUCGAGCAGUAACAGUAGUAGUAGUAGCAGCACAUCAUCCAGUUCAUCGAGCAGAGAUUCUAGUUCCAGCGAAGGUACCAAACCCCGCAAAGCAAAAAGAACAAAAAAACGUAAGUUUAAAUUAGUACAUACAUUUACAUUAGUACCUACUCCUGUUGUUACAUAGGAAUGAGUUCAUUCGUCAUUCUAUAGUACCAAGUCAUUUAAAUUAUUCCAAUAUUCCAAUGAAAAGGACAUGUUUUCUGGUUAUAGAUGAAAAAAAGUGAAGUUUGUUGGAUAAACAAAACAGGCCUUGUGCAAAAGGAGUGAAGAGUAACAAAGUAGAAAUGAGUCAAAGGGUUCCAUUCACAUUUGUAAAUGUAUGGAAUCUCAUAUCAUCGACAAUCUAUUUUUUAUCACUUUUUUUACCAUUGUAUAGCUUCAUAGUUAUUUUACUACUAUUAAUGUAUUACUUAAGGAUUUAAAUAUAAUAAUACUAUGUCAACUAAAUAAGGAAAAAAAUAUAUUUAAAUGAGAAAAUUUGAAA